AUGAACGAAGUAAUGAAGAUGCCACUGCGGUCCCGCCCCCCCGCCGCCGGCGUCACACGCACCGCCACUUCCGCCAUACGCAGGAACGCAUCUUCCGGCUCAGGGUUUCUGCGGCCGUCGGAGUCGCCUGCUGGAGCGUCCAGGAGUUCCGGAAGUGCCGUGGCUGUAGGACUUCCGUUGCUUGCUCCCUCAAGGCACAGCCUGUUGUCUCCAUUGCUCAGUGUCACAUCAGGCAGAUGUUUCUACAGAGGUGACAGCCCGGCAGAUUCCCAAAAGGACAUGAUUGAAAUCCCUUUGCCUCCGUGGCAGGAGAGAACAGAUGAAUCUAUAGAAACCAAAAGAGCUCGCCUGCUCUAUGAGAGCAGAAAGAGGGGGAUGUUGGAAAACUGCAUUCUUCUCAGCCUCUUUGCUAAAGAAUAUCUGCACCGCAUGACAGAGAAGCAGCUAAACCUCUAUGAUCGCCUGAUUAAUGAGCCUAGUAAUGACUGGGAUAUUUACUACUGGGCCACAGAAGCAAAACCAGCCCCAGAAAUACUUGAAAAUGAAGUCAUGGCACUGCUGAGAGACUUUGCUAAGAACAAAAACAAAGAGCAGAGACUGCGUGCCCCAGAUCUUGAGUACCUCUUCGAGAAGCCACGUUGAGCUCUGCGCCAUCGCCUGGACACUAGCUAGCUUAGCUACCUGCUUCUCCUUUUACAUUCAGCCUCCUUCCCUCAAACACUGGUCCUGCCUCAACUGCUAGACAAGCCUCUCCCAGGACAUCCAUGUCAAUGUGCAAUGUGACUCAUUCUGACAUUUUUUGUUUGGUUCUGAACCUCAAAAAUUGUGUGUGAGUAUUGACAGCUCUCAGGGCUGACUGCUUGGUCAGCCUCCUGACUUGGAGGCAGGGCUACCACCAGAGGGCACUGUAGGGGAAGCCAUCAGGAUAGCUCUUUGCUUCAGCUUCAAGUGUGCUCAAAGAAAAGAGCUAGCCAGCUGCUUGAGCUGUGUGAAAAGCCACCCUCCUCCUCUCCCUCCCCGCCCACCCCCAGGGCCCCAGGGCUUUGUUGAAGUGAAACCUCCCCCUUUCAACCUGGUAUGGUCUUUUCUGCCAGGGGAAGCUGAUCCAAGCCCCCUGAGCUGAAUCCUUCAAAGGCACAGCAGGCAGAAUGUGUGGGCAUGCCACUUACAGUCAGCAUCCUCCUCUUCAGAUUUUCUUUAAAAUGUGCACUUUGUAAAUUGAAAGAUAAUGUAAUAUUAAAGAAUAUUUUAAAAAAUAAAAGAAAUUCACAAUCCGUCAA